AUGGCCCCAAAACAGCGCACCACUGCCUCGGCUGACGCUCCUUCCACAACCACCAGUGCCCCGGCACCCGUACGAUCAACCAAAGCCAAAGCAAACAACACAGACGCAGCAGCCAUUGCGCAAGGAAUAUGGGAUAAAUACGUCUCCAAGACACCCCAGCGAACAAAGCUCCUCGAUACCUUCCUUGCGUUUCUCGUUAUCGUCGGUGCUCUGCAAUUCCUCUAUGUAGUCUUGGUUGGAAACUUUCCCUUCAACGCUUUUCUUUCCGGCUUCAGCGCAACAGUCGGUCAAUUCGUCCUCACAGCCUCUCUGCGCAUCCAGACAAACUCGGAGAACAAGGUGCACUUUGAGAACAUAUCGCAUGAGCGGGCUUUUGCAGACUUCAUCCUUGGCAGCUUGCUACUGCACUUCUUCUGUGUGAACUUUAUUAACUGA